AUGAAUGAUAAUAAUAAUAUAACAGCAUCUAAAUUUGGAGUUUCGGAGAAACAUCGAACGGAUCGCCCUUCCUCCUCAAGUCUUGAAUGUGACAGCUCUCAAGCUCCUCAACAAACAUCCAAUGUGAAUGAAAACUUCACAGACAGACAGACUUCAAGUGAUGACAUCAAUGAUAUUAACAGAAUUGAAAAGACUUCGGUUGACAUUGCCAUUGAGUCGGUGCUUAAACAAGGUCGAGAGCACAAUUCAAAGCGAAAUUAUCAUUCCAUCAAUACGAAUCCGAUCAAUGAAGAGUCAUCCAAUACUCCAGAACAGCUUGAAGCGUCUGCUGUCGUGAAGACUGAAAUUGUAGUCCAGUCGAAACAAGAAAUAAAAGAAGAAAAACACGAAGGAUCUUCUAAUCGUGAUCUAUUUGAUGACGGUACAGAGAGGUGUCAAGGCUGUGGUCAGUCGGGAAACGAAAUAGAAGAAGCAUUGAAACUCGAAAGAAGAAGAGAGAAGCCAAUGAGCAAAAAGAAAUCCCAUCUUGCCCCUGGUCCGGAUUCCGAUUGGAUCAUGUGCGAUUGUUGCAAGAGCUGGUAUCACUUUGGUUGCUCUGGCUUGGAACAAUUCGAGUAUUAUUUGUUCGAAACGUUCUUCUGCCCUAAAUGUUUGCCAACAUCCGGCCCCUCCAAGAUGUUCGAAACAGUUGCACCGCAUCGUCUACGCUGGUUCGAUAAGGAUGAAGUUAACGCAGCAAUGGAAGUCGGCUCUCAAAGUUGGAUCAAGCAAUUUACUACUCGGGAACACACUCUUCCUUCUCCAAGCGAAGAAGAAGCUUGUGUCGUGGAAAACGGCUUCGAAUUUCAAAAAAAGUUCCUCGACAAUGGCGGAUCUCAUAAAUGGGACAAAGUUUUUCUUAUCAAGAAUAUGGACGGACUGAAUAUGACAAUGCCAUCGCAUGGAUUUGAUAUAGAGAAAGUUGUUGAUUUGAUGUCACCAGAUUACCCAGUGGACACAAUUGACGUCUACAACCAAUGCACAUAUUCCAUGAAGUUAUCAACGUUUCUUAAGAAGUUCCGCGAUCCCUCACCGAGAAGUCUUCUGUACAAUUUCCUCUCAUUAGAGUUCUCCGAAAGCCAAGAAUUCCGGAAAUUGGCGAAACCUCCUCAAUUCGUUCAGGAGAUCUCUUUGGUCGACAAGCUUUGGCCUGAUCCAUCGUCUGAGGCAUACGAAAACCUCCUGAAUAAAAAACUCGAUUUGCCAGAGGACUUUAGACCGAAAGUUGAACAGUUCUGCCUUUCUGGAAUGGGGGGUUCCUACACUGACUUCCACAUCGAUUUCGGCGGAAGCAGUGUUUAUUAUCACAUUUUCAAAGGUAAAAAAAUCUUCUAUAUCGCUCGCCCAUCAGAGAGUAACCUCGCGGCAUACCAAAAACAUGAGACCUCUCGCUCCAAUUUGGAAUGGUUCGGUGAUAAAAUCAGAAGCGAAGUUAAGAGAGUUGUGAUCAAUGAAGGAGAAACACUUCUAAUUCCUGCCGGAUGGAUCCAUGCCGUUUACACUCCGGAAGAUUCUCUUGUUUUUGGAGGAAAUUUUCUGCACUUUGGAAAUGUUAAGAUGCAAAUGCGUAUCUAUCGUCUCGAGAAUUCCGUACGCACAAUAUUGAAAACACCGUCGAAGUUCUACUUCCCAAACUUCGAAUAUCUUCAUUGGAAGUUCAUGAAAAAUGUAAUCACUCCGAAAGUCAGAGAAAUGACAGAAGAAGGGACGAACAUAAGAAAGGAAGACCCCGACUUCUGGGAAAGUGCGAAGUUCCUCUACGAAACAUUGACGGAGUGGCUGCACAGAGAUAUAGAGGAAAGUGCGUCGAGAGAACCAAGAAAGGAGGAAGAAGCUUGGGACGGCCGAUUCGACGCGGAUAUUUCUUUCGACGAGAAGAAGAGAAUCCUGAAGACUAUUCAAACACUCAUAGUCGUACCAAGAAAAAACAAGCAGAAACGCGAAGCACCAGGCGACGACGAUGAUUACACACCAGCCAAAACGAGGAAAUAUACAAAACAAACCAAAAGAGGAAGCAGCGGAGCCAUCCCGAAAGUAGCCAAAGAGCCAAAUGAGGAGAAGGAAAAGCCGGCCGAGCAGCAGUCAACAUCAAGAGAUCACGUCUGA